UCUGUGUUGUCAAAAUGGCAGGACAGGAGCACCAACACCACCACCACCACUUCUCUCUGUGUUUCUGCGAUUUAAUGAGGUUGCUGUGGUCCCUGGUGGUCCCCUGCGUCUACCUCAGCCUGCUCCUGACCCUCGUCCUAGUGCUGCUCCUGCUGGGGGUCCGCAUGUGGCUGCGGGGCCGCCGCCAGGCCCGCCGGGCUCAGGGCGGCGGCCCCGCGGUGGCUUUCUUCCACCCGUACUGCAACGCCGGAGGAGGCGGGGAGCGGGUCCUCUGGUGCUCCCUGAGGGCCCUCAUGCACCGAUACCCCGGCGUCUCUUUUGUGGUUUACACGGGCGACCAGGGAGUGACCGGCGAGCAGAUUCUGGAGGGAGCCCGACAGCGUUUCAACAUCACGCUGCCUCGACCGAUCACCUUCAUCUUCCUGCGUCACCGCACGCUGGUGGAGGCCAGCUCUUACCCUCACUUCACCCUGCUGGGUCAGAGCGCCGGCUCCAUGUUCCUCGGCUGGGAAGCGCUGACCGCCUUCGUUCCUGACCUGUUCGUGGACUCGAUGGGCUACGCCUUCACCCUGCCCAUCUUCCGCUACCUGGGUGGCUGUAAGGUGGCGAGCUACGUUCACUAUCCCACCGUCAGCACCGACAUGCUCUCUGUGGUCCGAGAGAGGAACCCCAGAUUCAACAACGCCGACUUCAUCUCCAGAAACCCGGUGCUGAGCGCGGCGAAGGUGGUGUACUACUGCUGCUUCGCCCUGCUGUACGGCCUGGCCGGCUCCUGCAGCGACGUCAUCAUGGUCAACUCCACCUGGACGCUGGGACACAUCCUGGCCCUGUGGCGCUGUCCCAACCGCACCAGCGUCGUCUACCCGCCCUGCGACGUCAGGGCCUUCCUGGACGUCCCGCUGGAGGAUGAGGACGAGGUGGAGGAGGGCUGGGAGGAGCUCGGACGGGAGCUCGAAGAGGAAGGAGGAGGGGACAGGAAGUGCCACGCCAUCGUGUCGGUGGGUCAGUUCCGACCGGAGAAGGACCACCAGCUGCAGAUCCGGGCGUUUCACAAACUGCUGACCGGGAGGAAGGAGGGGCCAGGGGGUCGGGAGUCUCUGCGGCUGGUGCUGAUCGGCGGGUGCAGGAACCAGGAGGACGAGGAGCGGGUGCUGAUGCUGCGGGGGCUCUGCCAGGAGCUGGGCGUGUCGGACCGGGUCGACUUCAAACUCAACGUGGCCUUCGAGGAGCUGAAGAGGGAGCUGGUGGACGCCACCAUCGGUCUGCACACCAUGUGGAACGAACACUUCGGCAUCGGUGUGGUGGAGUGCAUGGCUGCAGGCACCAUCGUCCUCGCUCAUAAGUCUGGAGGGCCGAAGCUGGACAUCGUGGUGCCGUACGAGGGCGGACAGACGGGCUUCCUGGCCGACAGCGAGGACAGCUACGCCGCUGCCAUGGAAUCCAUCCUGGCGCUGUCUCCGUCGGCCAGACUGGAGAUCCGACGUAACGGCCGGCGCUCCGUGGAACGCUUCUCCGACCAGGAGUUUGAGGCUUGUUUCCUUGCCGCCACGGAGUCUCUGAUGAGUAAACUGGAGCGAUGAGGAAGAGCAGACGGGGCCGGCGGUCCAUCAGGGACCAGGACUUCAUUUAAUUCACAUUUAGUAAAGAGUGACCCAGUUUAAAACGAUAGACUCUGAUUCCUGGUGGACACGCAGCGCUAACAUUGUCCUUCUUGUCCACUGCGAUGAAUCUAAAACCAAAAGAACAAGGACGUUUCCUGUGACUUUGCGUGUGUCAAACUCGUGUGAGGGUGUCGGGAGAGCUGAUGCACGAUGACAUGAAGGAACCUGAACCUGUAUACAAACAGCUCAGAGUAUCUAAACGUGUUGAGCUUCGGUGUACACAGAAGCAGAUGACAGAUGCAACAUAAAUUGUAAAACAUACAAAUGAAAGUGUCCGUGUUGAUGUGUCGUUGGAUAACAGCUGGAAAGUCCUCGAGUUUUCAGGAAACUUAACUGUUUAAUCGCAGUUUUCCCAGCAGGAAGUUACAAUUUAGGAGCAGCUUGUUUGUUUUCUUAGCGGGUUUUAAAUGAGAAUAUUAUGGGUGAUAUCUGCUCCAGGAGCUACUGAGCCUAGCUUAGCACAAAGGCUGAAAUCAGGAAGCCUGAAAUGGUUUUAGAAACCCCCGUGUUUGUAGUUUUUAUAUAAAUCGAAGUAGUUCAAGUCCAGUGAAAAACCUUAAAUGGUCCCAAAGUAAGCAGCAAACUUUAAGUUCUAAAAUUAACAAUUAAAUUAAGAAGUUUUGUUCAUUUCACUAAAGCUUGUGAGGUUGUUUCAAGGUGUUUACUGGUUCCACUGCUGCAGAAUAACUAAAGAAGGCAAAGUUUAGGUCAGUAAAACUGAGAAAUAAUGUAAAUUUCAGAGUUACAGCUUUUAAUGAUCAAGUAAUGAAUUAACAACUUAAACAAAGUAAAUGAAGCCUUGAAAGUUCAUGCAAAAGCACAUGUCUACAGUAAACACCUUGGAACAGCAUGUUAAAACGAGCUUUAUUUGGCCUAUAUUAUAUAUAAUUAUAUAAACUAUAUAUAUAAUAUUAAUGAAGGCCGACAGAGCAGCUGGUCAUCAGUUCAUCCUACAGUGAGAUAAUGAACGAAACUCAUUCAUUUCAUUUAUAAUUUUAGAUCUGAAAAUGUUUUGGUGACGUGAAGUUUAAAGUUUGUUGCUUACUUUGGGACCAUUUAAGGUUUUUCACUGGACUUGAUUUACAGAAGAACUACAAACAUGGCGGCUAAAAUUUCUUCCAUCUGUUCCAAAUUUUUUUUUAUAGCUAAUGAUCAGUACAUCCAGAAAUUGCCUGUUUAUUUUUUUUUAAAUGCACAAAAAUGCACAAAGUCGGAAACUUAACCGCAGUAGUCAAGUUUCCGUUCACAUGUAAGACUUGUAAAUCAGACGGCUUCAGAGUAUUUCUUUUCUUUUGAUUUAUGCUAGGCUAGCAGUUUCCCCCUGCUUCCAGUCUUUGUGCUAAGCUAACAGGUGUCAGUACUGAUAUGAAUGUGACAGCAUAUUUUCCCAAAGUUUUAAUUUAAGGUGUUUAAAUAUAUUUAGAGGGACAUUUUCCUUCCAAACGGAGAUACAGCUUUUCAUUCGACUCCACUGAAGCCACUAAGUGUUUGCUAGUGUGGAAGUGAGUUAUUAAGUGAUUUUGAUAAUAGUUUUGUUAUGGUGAUGGUUUCGUCUGUUUUUAAAUGACUAACUUGAGUUAAAUGAAGACUUUUCUUUGGAUGUGGCGAAGAAGCACUUUAAGCACGCGUGUGUUUGGGUUAACGUGAUCGCUUAUUUACAUGUUUCACUUCCUGCAUUCCUGUUUGUGGGGCGGUCCGGCCAUGGAAAUAUGACACCGUGUAAAAUCUUAUAAGAAUCUUUAUUUUGAAAGAGGCAAUAUUACUAUUAUCACAUCUGCCUGUGCAGAGAGGACGUUCUGAGUUUGUUUCACUGAGAAAAUGAAAUUCCACUUGAACAAUACUGGAAUAAAUGCAAUCAUUGAACACUUCA